AGUCGGGCAGGAGAGGCGGGGACUGGAGAGUAACUAGUGUGUGUUGUAGCGAGAGGCUCACAUAGAAGACAAGCGCUUCUCACAGUAUUUGGGGAUAGUGCAGAGCGCCUCUAGCGCAAAGGAAUCUACCGUCGCUGCUCUGCUUCUUUUUUUGUUUCCUGCGCCAGGGGAUUUACUCGUAGCGCCCGGGGGACGGUGCUUAUGGAGCUAUAGAGACAACCCGCUGCUCACGGUGGGAUCACCCCCGGCGCUUGUGCGGAUUACUGGGACACAUUGCCGCUGGAUAUAAUAGGGAAGGUGACGUUGAAAGAUCGGCAGAGCCAAAGACUGGGAUCCCUGGGGCAGCCUUUCCAAACUGCCAUUGUCCAUCAGUUAAGCUACAACCUCGCCAGUGUCCCCUGAUAUCCAGAGUGCUGAGAAUUGUAGUUGAACAGAAAGGCCCUGCAGACUUCCAAAGGCAGAGGUUGUGCUUUGAACGUCGUGGCAAUGUUUCCCAGCUGCUUCUUUGUUCUGGCACUGCUGCUCAGAGCUGAGGCCUGGGAAUGGGGCCUGACACCGAGGAAAACCGUGCGCUACCAUGGAGUAUCAGAGGUGCGACAGUCCUGGCACAGCGGCGUCUCCCAAGUCAUGACAUUGACGUUGGAUGAGAAUCGGGGGGCUCUGUAUGUGGGCGCAAGAGAAGUCAUAUUUAGCCUAGACCUCAAUAAUAUCGGGAAAGAGCUGAGGCCUCCAAUUAUAUGGGAAGCUCCAGCAGACAAGAAGUUGGAAUGUGCCCAAAAGGGAAAAAGCAAUCAGACUGAAUGUUUUAACUACAUCCGCUUUCUGGAACAGUUCAAUCAGACGCAUCUUGUCACUUGUGGGACCUAUGCCUUCCAGCCCAAGUGUGCUUACAUUGAGCUGUCUGACUUCACACUGGAUGCAGAGAACUUGGAGGAAGGGAAGGGGAAGGUUCCAUAUGAUCCAGCCAAGGGCCACACUGGUCUUAUUUUAGACGGUGCCUUGUACUCUGCCACCAUGAACAACUUUCUUGGAACGGAGCCUGUGAUUCAGCGCAUUGUGGGGCAGCAUAAUCUAAUGAAGACGGAGUAUUUGGCUUCGUGGCUAAAUGAACCAAACUUUGUGAGUUCGGCGCACAUACCAGAGAGUGUGGGCAGUGAAAUUGGGGACGAUGAUAAGAUAUACUUCUUUUUCACCGAACGGGCGCUAGAAUAUGACUGCCAAAGCGAACAAGUGGUGUCCAGGGUGGCGCGUAUCUGCAAGGGGGAUUUAGGAGGGGCUCGUACUCUGCAGAGGAAAUGGACUAGUUUCCUGAAAGCCCGGCUUCUCUGCUCCAUCCCAGAGCUUCAGCUGAAUUUUAACCUUUUAAAAUCUGUAUUUAAGCUAGAGGCCAAAGAGUGGCGCUCCACUCAUUUCUAUGCUGCCUUCCAGGCUCGCUGGGGUGAUUCUCCAGUGUCCGCUAUCUGUCAGUAUUCCAUCCAGGACAUCCAGAAGGUCUUUGAUGGACCGUACAAGGAGUAUCGUGAGCAGUCCCAGAAGUGGGGUCGAUACUCAGACUCUGUGCCAAGUCCCCGACCUGGAUCAUGUGUCACCAACUGGCACAGAAAUCAUGGAGUAUACAGCUCCCUGGAGCUUCCAGACAACACCCUGAACUUUGUCAAGAAGCAUCCGCUUAUGGACGACUCUGUUAUGUCUACCCACAUGCGCCCAUUGCUGGUCAGAAGGGGAGCAAACUUCACAACCAUCGCUGUGCAGAGGACCUUGGGUUUGGAUAGAGAACCUUACGAUAUCCUCUUCAUUGGAACUGAGAAUGGUUGGGUAAAUAAAGCUGUAAGUUUUGGAUCAACGGUGCACAUAAUUGAGGAGCUGCAAGUGUUUGACAAAUCCUAUCCUGUGCACAGCUUGGCUCUUUCUGCCCGCAAGUCUCUUCUGUUUGUGGGUUCACAAUCUGGGCUGGUGCAGCUUCCCUUUGCAGACUGCAGUAAAUACCGCUCCUGUGCUGACUGUAUACUCGCUCGUGAUCCCUACUGCGCCUGGAAUAUUAACAUCACCCGCUGUGUGCGUGCAGAUCAACGAUACAGGCCUAUACUCCUUCAGGAUAUUAAGGAUUCCGACACGUCCGUGUGUGAGGUGCAGAGCCAGAAAGCAGUGAAACCAUUUGUGAAGAACAUUACUGUUGGCAUUGGCACAAACGUGGUCCUUCCUUGCCAGUUAUCAUCUAACCUGGCACAACCCAUCUGGACAUUCAAUGGGCAAGACCUGGAAAGUGACCAGGAUGACUCUGUGCUAUUUGACACUACUCUGCAGGCACUGGUGAUCCUUGGGGUGGGUACACAUCAUUCUGGUUGCUACGUCUGUUACUCAGAAGAGCAGGGAACCCAGCUGACUGCAGAGAGCUACCAGCUAACUGUGGUGGCCUCUCCUUCCCUUAUUCUUGAAUCCCGUGCUCCUUUGGAUGGGCUGGGCCUGGUGUGGAUGAUGGUGAUUGCACUGGGGGCAGUUUGCCUAGCCCUGUUCCUGGCUGUUGUCUACCUGCGCAGGAAGUUAAAGGAUGAGCUGGAAAAAGGUUCCAAAUCCAUGGAGAACACGUUGGUGUAUCCUAUCAAACUGCCCUCCCAACCCAAGACUCCUAAAUGCCUGCCUAGUGCAGACUCCGAUGAAAAACUGUGGGACCCUUCCUCUUUCUACUAUUCUGAUGGUUCUCUAAAAAUUGUACCCGGUCAUGCACUGUGCCAGAACAGCACUGGCUCCUCCUCACCAUCUGGAAAUGGUAUCCCAGGGCAGCCCCUUCCUUCACCUCCCCUGCAUUCACCCAACCACAUGCUUUUGGCAGGGGUUCGGGGCUCAAGUAGUAAUGGUUAUAUCCGGCUGACGCUCGGAGGGGGUGUGACUGAGGAGCACCCUCAGCUGGGGGACCUUAAUGAGGAGCUUCGGUGGAAACUUAAGCAGAGGCAAGCGUUACCAGACUCUAAUCCAGAAGAAUCAUCUGUUUGACACUGUUUUUGUGCCUCUUGCACAGUUUGCACUGGUAUAACUUUUAUUAUAUUAUUUUUGUUUUCAACUACCUCAGGGACUAGAGUUGUAGUGAAGGGACAAAGCCAAAAGGAAAAGCCCCUGUCCAACUAUGGACUGAAAAUAUUGAUAAUGAAGAAGGACCAAGUUCUCCCGUUGCCUUGGAAAAGCCCCCUCUCCUAUAGUUUGAGGCUUGUUCAGUUCAGUAUUUCUAAAUGUACCUAACGUAAGUCUAAUAAGAGAAGAGUGUGCUGAGAAGAUAGUUAAUCCUUUACCUUGCUUCUUUAGUGAGUAGAAUGAAACCAGGCAACAUCCUUCUUCCUGGAGGUUCAGGGUCACAGCAGCAAUAAUGCAUGAGAGACUCCAGACGCUUUAUAUACAUUAUCGGACCAUGUUUGCAAUGGAAGGGUUACAAAAAUCAUUCUCACCUUGCGGCAGUUCGGUAAAAAAAAUCUGCAAUAUAUCACCGUUUGUGUAUACUGUUUACAUAUGUACAGAUGAGGCUUAUUCAGAAUGACGUCAAAUGUGACCAAAACCACCAUCCAUGCUGCUGCCUCAGGAUCUCUAUGUAGGAGGAAGGUCAGUGCUCAUUUAAAAAAAGAAGAGGAAAAACAAAAUUGCAGGGACCUGUUUGAACCAUUUGUACUGUAGUAUUUCGUCACUUCCAAAGUCCUCUCCACUGAUUUAUUUACCCCCUCGUCUUAUUGAGAAGGACCAAUCACUCCUGUAUGUACAACAACACAGACCUGCUCAACUGUCUGUCGCUUUGUAUUGGGUCACACGUUAAAUGACUGCCUCAAUCACGUAUUUUUGAUGCAGCCGGUCUGCGGUUGCCGAGUGUUCGUGUAAAUGUGUUUUUGAAGCAUGACACGCAGAUGUGAGUUUUGGAUAAAUAGAUCUUUUUUUUAAUUUUUGUUUUUUUAUUCCUGUUUUAACUGUAUUGCUCUGUAACCGUUAAGGAAACUCAGCCUGUUCAUUUUUCCCCCAGUUCAUAACGGCUGGGUGAGACUAAAUGAAUUCUUUUAGGGCCAAAUAUUCGGACGUUAAUUUAUGGGCUAGAAUUUACAAAAGGAAUGGGAGUCCUACAGAUGAACACUCUCUGCCAAAUGUCCCACGCUCCCUCAUGUAUCUGUGUAUGGGGGGGACGGGCAGCUGAGUGUCCUCCAUGAUUUUUGGAGAUGUUGCUAUUUCCAUAAACGUCUGGAGGGCCACAGGUUGUCUGGCAUUUCAGUAUGCGAUUGGAUAUUGGAUGAUGAUGGUGACAUGCUGUAAAUAAUUUGAGUCAUCAGCACUAUAAGAGAAAAUCUUGUAUGUACUGUAAAUAUAUUCAUUUUUUUGUUUGUUUUUCCUGCUCUUAAAAUUUCACAUGUUGGUAAUUUAUUUACGUUAUAUAUUUAUUUCUGUAAAUACGUAUUUUUAUAUUAAAGAAAUAAAAGCAAUUGUUUAAAGAA